GGCCGCGGCCCGAACUGGCGAGGGAGCGGGAGAGGUGGCGCGCGAGCGGCGCCGGCUCGGAAGAGGAGGCUCUCACGUGACUUCCUGGAAGUUGCCUUGGAAAUGCGGGCAGGUGAGCGGUGUUUACGUGGAGGCUCCCGGGGGCUGCGAGGAGGGAAGGGAAGGAGCCCCGGCGUGGUCGGGGGACGAGGGCUGGGGGAGGCAGGGGCGGCUCAAGCCCACGCUCACGGCCGGGUUGGCGAGCUUUCUUGAGUCAUUGUCCUUGAAUGUGAUUUUUAAAAAUUAUUAUUAUUAUUCGAAAGCAAGCAGGCAAGACGCCUGCUUUCGGGUCAGGCCGGAUUCAGACGUGCCCUGGGACACGCGGGUCUGCCUUGCCGUGGCUUCAGCGGGAAAUGGCCCGAAGCUGCUGCUGCUUGUUGUCCUGGGUGCCUUUUAACAGCAGCCUGCUGCCACGUAGCUGUUUGAGCAGGUGGAGUCCUAUUUCCUUGUCGGGACAAGGUUUGCAAGGCAUGUUGUUAAGGUUAAGGAGGGAAUGCUGCUCUGGAGGCAUGCGAGUUAAAAGCCGGAGGAAAGUAAACAAGUCUGGGAUUUCUGUAUUUAUUCUCGAAUUAAACAGACAAAAGGGGUUUUCUAGCCUAAGCCUGGUCAGGUUGUAAUCCCGCCAGCCAAGAAUGUUUCUUACAAGUGUUUCGGUUGGUGUUGGGCAUUUAUUUCAAGGGAAUGUUUUCUGUUAUUUGGGGUGGCGAGGAAGCAAGAGUACCUCAAGGCUUUCCUGGCAAAAAGGGGCAGCUAAUUCUUGGGGUGUUUUAAGACAUGUCCAGUCAGUCUUAUCAAUCUGAUCUUUGUUCCCAGAUGGGACCAGGAACAUUUUGGGGGAUAUUAGCUACUUGCUGGCACAAAUCUGGUUCAAGUAAUAGUACGGAGAUUGGAGGUGCACCGCAGGCCUUUGUGGUUCCUUCCUGCUGCCAACUUCCCUCUUUUGUAUGAAUUCCUGUCUCCCUUCUUCGGCUUACUGUAACCAUAGUUUUGUUCUUUUGUUAUUUUUCCAUGCACAGUCACCCCUUGUCUUGUGUAGUAUUUUAUCUGAUGAAGAACAUGGCACCAUUUUUUUUUAAAAAAACAACUUUUUGGUAGUUUCCAAUAAAGGUAAUGCCACACUGUGGAUUUAAUAGUUAAGUUCCUCAUUGGGGGCUAACUGCAGUGAAGACAGCCUGAGACAUUGGUUUGCAAGCUGGUACCAAACCAUUAUUUUACUGAAUGGAUUGGAAGCAAUCCUGUUAGCUUUAGCCUCAGUUAACCUUGAUGCGGCCAUAACAUGGAAAUAUGGUUACAGCAAGCUCUGGAAGGGAGGAGGAAAAAUGAGUUGCAGGGGAGCAUCUACUGGAUGAAUAUUUGAUGUCUUAAUCAAGUUAAUAAGGCAGUGUGUGAUGAGAUGGAAGGCAAAACCUUCAAGCUCUUAUGAACCCUUCCCAGUUUUCAUGGGCUGUGGAGCAACAUGCUGUAGUGGAGUCGUGCAAAUGUGAAUCUGUGUUUGAUAAUGUUUGGUGCCGUACAAUUCUCAGAAAAGUAUAUAGUAGCUUUCCAUAUAAGUAAUGAAGGGGAUAUUCUUCAGCUGUUGGUUCCUGGCAGAAUUUUUGCCUCCUGCAAGCUUUGUGUGCUUGAGAAAAUCCAAGCCUAACCCAGUAAGUGCUUUGUGAUCGCCAGAGCCGCUGAGGCCUUCUGCGUCUUGACUGCUCUUAGCUGGUUGUUUCCAAAUGCUCCUGUGUCAAAUCUAGCUAAUUCCCGCAGCGUCCUGCUGCCAAAGUGAGUAGGAAGCAAAAUGGAACUCCUUUAAUCAGUCCUACCUAACUCCUUGGUAUUCUUUGCUUUUACAGUUUUUCUGUCAAUGUUACUGGAGUAGAACUGAUUUCAGCAAGGUUCCUCUGUUGACUAGCAAGAGAAGGAACACAGGAAGCUAUCGAACUCAAUCAGACCAUUGGCCCAUCUAGCUCAGUAUUGUCUACACAAACUGGCAGCAGCUCUCAGGCAGGGGUCUCUCCCAGCCCUACCUGGUGAUGCCAAGAACUGAACCUGAGACCUUCUGUAUGUAAGGAAUAUGCUUUACCACUGAGCCAUAGCUCCUCUUCUAAGGACCACCCCCAUCUUUCAGAGUGAAGCCAACCUUCACGUUAUAAUUAGUGGUGACUAUCUAGCCCAUGCUUCAGAAGCUGAGCCUUCUUUCUCCACCCUGAUCUGUUGAGGCUCUUUCUCUCUCCUUUAUGGACCUUGGCUCAGAAGAAGGGAAGCUUAGAAGCUCUGGAUUUGUCCCAUGAUAGCCCUAAAGAGUAGCUCAGACCUGAACAGCACAUGUCACCUCAGUAAUCCCUGAGAAUAUUGGGCAAGAUGGUGAAUCUUUAACAAGAGCUCUGUAAGGUAGGAUGAUUGUGUUAUUUCCGGAUUAAUGAUUUGAGGGGGCACACUGAGGUUGAGAGAACAGUAGUUUGCCUAAGGCAGAGCUGGCUGACCUUUGGCCUUCCAGAUGUUGCUGGACUACAACCCCCAUCAUCUCUGACCAUUGAGGGUGAUGUAAUCCAACAUCUGGAGGGCCACAGAUCUAGGGGCAGUCUGUGGCUUAUCUCCUCCAAGAUCUCUUCCUAGCAGCUCAUUUUCCUUCUCCCCCUCCCAACUUCUAGGAAAAAAUAGCCAACUAAAGGACAGAUAAGAUAAGCCUAGACAAAUAACAGUUGCCUCCUCCAGCUUUCUCCCUGUCUGUCUCUCUCUAGGAGACUCCAGCCAUAGGGCAGCGGGUGGUUUUGAAGCUGCUGCGUCUCAAGCAGUGAAUGUAAUCUGUAGCCAGAGACACAGAUGUAGCCCUAUUUGGGAGUUCUGUUUCUGUGUACAGUACAACAUACAUGCAGAAGAGAGAGUGGGGACAAGGGUGGAUAAAAAUCAACAAUUUUUUAAAAAAAAAUAUUAAAUGGAAUUUUUUUUAUUUAAAUCAGAUUUUUUUUAUUUAAAUCAGAUUUUUAAAAUAAAAUGCUUUUGGAGGAAAAAUAUUUCUAAAGAUAGUUUUCUAUUUAAGUUAUAUUAUAGUCCAAAGGCUAUUCAUCAGGAAAUAAGGAUUUGUUUUAAGUUUUUCAUGUGUGCUAAAACUCAGUCUAAGUUUUGUUUUUUUAAGUUUAACCACAUCAGUUAACAAACAUGGAUACAUGUGCUAUAAUGUUAUUGUUUUAGUUAAAGAAAUUGUUUAAAUUGUUAUUAAGGAAAUGAUUAUUUUUCUCCUUCCAAUAAAGUACAGCAGAAAAGUUCUCCAAAUAUAAACAGUUAACUUAUUAAACCUCACAAUAAUUUCAUAAUUAUCUAUGUAUUUCUAAUAGUAUAACCAAAAUUGUCUUUGAAAAUUUAUUAUGCCAGAAAUGAAACCUUCAUCUGGUUGUAAAUAUUAAGAUUAUACCAGCAAAAUUGAGUCUGUUUAAAAAAAUGAUUUAAAUCAAGUCUUACUGACUAGUGAUUUAAAUUUAAAUCAAAUCCACCCUGCUCUGUUGUCCUCAAGAUCAUAGAAGGUGUUUCUGAUUGGGGGAGCCUCCUAUAUUCAUGGAGAUUCCCUGCAUCAUUUAGAGCCCUGCCUGUCCGGAGCCUCCAUGAGUUCUUGAAUCUUCCUGCUUCAAACCUUCAGCCUCUAAGAACUGAAAUGUAAUGGGGAUGGCAGUGGGACAGCGCACUCAUCCUUAUCUGGGAUACACAUUCAAGCAGAAUGCCUGGACGUGCUAGUUGCAUCUGCUUGCUUUUGGAAACACAGUAGACACGUGGGCCAGCGCUCCUGUGUGCUCUGCUUCGGUAUUGUGGCUGCAUUUAUUUCAGAGUUUUUAUACUCUGUCCUUCCUAUAAUCAGUAAUAUAAACUAUAAAGAAAUUCACUCAUCCAGUAUAAAGCCUUUACUCUAACCAGCCUCGACGUCGGAUUUCAAAGGCAAAUAAGUUUUCAUCUCUUGUGUAGAAAUAGCUAGUAUCUCAAGUCGGUUGGAGCUCUAUAAACAGAGCACAGCUACCAACCAUGCCUUGUCUCAUAUCGCCAUCCUGCACUAGGACUUUCGGGCGGAUCUUGAGACUCGGGGUGGCAGGUCUUGGGAAAGGCAUAUUACUGGUGAGUCCCUUGCUUUCACACAAAUAUACAUAAAUGUAUUUGGCCUCUUAUAGCAGUGGGACAGGACCCUAAGUUCAUUAAUCUUUCAGAGUGCCUCACCCUAUAUGAAACUACCCAGAUUUUUAAAUCUUCAUUUGAGGCUGUCUUCCGGGUUCCUUUAGUUGAGAUUCCUGCAUUGCAGGAGAUUGGACUACAUGACACUUGGGGUCCCUUCGAACUCUACAGUUCUGUGUUUCUAAGGGUUGCAGCAAGAGACAGGGCCUUUACAGUUGUGUUUCCCUGCUUGUGGAAUGCUCUCCCUUGUGAGAUCCAUGUAGCACCAUCAAUUAACAUUCUCUUGGUGCCAGAUGAAAACUUCUUCCAGGCAUUUGAUGGGCUAUGAUGAUUUUGCUGUCUAUUGAUGUUAUUUUCUCUGCUAUUCUAUGUUAUUGCAUCUGUUUUAUGCAUGAUUUUUAUUGUAUUUUCCGGUUUUUCAUUAUGCUUUAUGCACUUAAAAUUUUGCAAGUUAUUUGGACACACUCCUGUGUGUAAAGGGACUCAUCAGUGGGAGAAAAUAAUAAUUUUCCAAGCCAGUUUUCUCAUAAGUAAGUUCCACUGAGUUCUAUGAAACUUUUUAAUUCUAUUUAUAAAACAGUUUAUAUAACACUGGAAACAUAAAACCAGACAAUAAAAUCACAAAAAGUUAAAAGCAAGUUAAAUGCAAAAAGAAAUUGGAAACAAACAGCAAUAGACCAUUGUGGGAAAUGUAUUCUUAAAUGCCUGCAAAGGCCUGGCAGAACAGAAAAGUUUUCAGUAGAAAUUGACACAAAAGGCGCCUGUUGAAUAUCUAUUGGCGGAAUGGGCCAAUAACACAAAAGGUUUGAUUUCUCAUUGUCAAACAAACCAGACCAUCCAACUCUGGGAAUGUCCAAAGACUCUGAUGAUUGCAGUAAUAAAAUGAUUUUGAUUAUGUUGCCUAUGCUUAGCUUUUCCUCUUUUUUAUUAUUAAGGGAGAAGAGAAAUGACCUAAUCUACGUUCUACCCUGAAAGGGCGAAAGGGGGUUGGGGAGGGGAGUUGGGGAAGCCAGAAGGAGAGCUAUGCCUGGAGUUCGGAGGAGGCCGCCUGCAAACAGGACCCUCACGUCGCAGUGCACACACCAUCAUGUCGCCGUGUUCCUGCUCACGUUCUUCAGGUAGGUUGUUGCAACGGAGUCUGUACGAUAGCCAUUUUUGUGGGGUUUGUGGACGGUUGAGCAAGUUGAAGGUGGAGAGACAGUUAAGAAGCUGAUUCUGGAUGGAGAUGCUUGCUUGAUAUUUGCUGGGAUGUUCUAAUUCUAGAACAGGUGUUCUCCGCAUUGCCUGUGGUGAGAAAUUAGUGGCCCUCUAGAAGUUGCUGGGCUACAACUCCUGUAUUCCUGACCACUGACUAUGCUGGUUGGGGUCAAUGGGAGCAGUACUCUUAACAGUAGCAGGAGUGCUACAGGUUCCCAGUCCCCUGCCCCAACUCCUCUUCUAUUCAUUUUAGUUUCUGAUUUGGCUUUUGGGAGGUUCUGUUCUUCUACAACGUACAUACAAAAAGCGGUCUUCCCAAGACCAGCUUUUAAAAUCCUUCCCCACUCUAACCAAUGUUGCACUUGCCAGUGACAAGGGAGGGCCAGAUUUCAUCCAAAAUGAUCCCUACACAGGAAUAUAACUCAGCAGAUUGUCGUCCACAUAACCUCCAGGUAAAGACAGAGAUAAACCCGCCUUUAAUUAUGAAAGCACAACACAUAAGGGAGGGCAGUAUAUCACCCCCUAAAAGGAAAACCACCCCCAAGGAGAUCUCUCUGGGCUUUUGGACUAAAAUGAGAUAUCUAGAUGAGGAGGAACUAGGUUUCCGCCAGACAGAACAUCCUCCGGAGGAGGCCUCGCAAUACAAAGGUCUAUGACUACUAAUGUGAGCAUCUUACAUCCACCAUCCGAAAUCAUUGGAACGCCUGGGCAGCUCCCCAUGUAAGGAUACCACCAGAAUAAAUGACAACCAGUUGCCACAAAAAAUGGCAAACUCCAAAAGUUCUUCGAAAGUGACAAGGGCAGCACCUCUCAGGAAACCUGAUAGCAAUUCUUGUAGGUAUGAGAAAAUAACCUGAUAUUCCUUCUUUCUCUCUCUCCCCUCUUCCCCACCCCCAUAAAUUCCCCAGCUACUCUUUGCUCCAUGCCUCCCGGAAGACGUUUAGCAAUGUCAAGGUCAGCAUAUCCAACCAGUGGACCCCCUUUCCCCAUAACAACACCUCCCCCAGCCUCCAGCCAAAUGAGGUAAGUUAGUCAUAUCCAUCCAUUCCAAUGGGUUAGGUUUGAAUAAGGCUAACCUAGGAUAUAAAAUUCAUAUUACAGGUCUGCAGGUUGCCCCCAAAAGGGAUGCUUUUCUGUCCACCAGGGAGGGGUGGGCCCAACAGCUAUUACUUGUGAAGUGGUAGCUCAUCUCACAAAGUUGGUCACCUGAAAGGGGAAGCUCCCUUCUCCAUUGUGGGAGCCAAAACAAAUCAUCUGUGCUUUCUUUGGGUACCAUCCAAGCACUACAUCCUGUUGUCGCAGGAGAGUGAUCUAUUGGAGGAAGCUUCCAUGGGGCUGAGUUCACUGCAUUGUGUCCCACGUGACAUCUGUAUAGGAGCAGUGAUGUGAAAGAAUGGCUGGGGGGACAGGACACCUUGCUCUCUCCUGCUUGUGCGAGUCCAGCCUGGUUUCUCAAUAAGCAGAAUGCACAAGAUUUCUGACGUAGGUAAUCUUGACUCCAUUAAAUAUUGACUUUGGCCAGUGUUGGAUGUAUUCAUCCAAACCGCCAAAAGCAAGGGAAAGGGAGACUGCGACGUUCUGUUUUUCAGCACUCUAGGCUUUCUAAGAUUUCUCCCAGCUCUGUAGUGUCUGGAAUUUUCCUUUCAUGGAAGCAAGAGAGGUAAAUGACUAUUGUCCUUUAGCAGCUGCAGCAGCAAAUGCUCUAAGGCAGUGGUUCUCAACCUGUGGGUCCCCAGAUGUUGUUGGACUACAACUCCCAUCAUCCCUGAGCUCCGGCCUUGCUCGCUAGGGAUGAUGGGAGUUGUAGUCCAACAACAUCUGGAGACCCACAGGUUGAGAACCGCUGCUCUAAGGAAGAUCCUAUAGAAAUGGGGGGGGACUUGCCUCCAGAUAAACCUGAAUAGGAUAACACUAUAUAUAUAUUUUGUGCCAGCUUCUGUAUUCUUGGGUUGCUCCCUUUCCCCCACAUUGUGAGUGAGACAGUGGCAGAUGUGUAUUUUGCCACCCAAAUGGGCUCCUUUCUCAGAAGCAGACAAGUACUGUCUGCCAGUCAUGGUGUCGGAGCUGUGGAGAACAAGUGCUCAGGAAUAGCUGGGGUGCCACAUUACAAAAUCUAUAAAAGGAGGAUUAACACAGUGGAAUCACCCCCUUACAAGGUGGAGGGAGACAUUUUUCUCCUCCAUGCACAUGAAAUGGUUGGGGAACAUUUUUAGCAUGCUUAGAAUAGAAGUGAGUCGGGCUGCCAAGAACCAGAUCAAAUUGCUCUGGGGGCCUAGAUUUUACUUACAAGUUGGCCAUACCUAACUCGAUAUAAAACUAAAGUUGGCUGUCUGCAAGUUGCCAUAAGGCUGCGAUCUUCUGCAUUCUUACUCUGGAGUAAGGCAAUUGCAUUCAGUGAUUCUUGAGUAGAAGAAGAAGAGUUUGGAUUUGAUAUCCCACUUUAUCACUACCCAAAGGAGUCUCAAAGCGGCUAACAUUCUCCUUUCCCUUCCUCCCCCACAACAAACACUCUGUGAGGUGAGUGGGGCUGAGAGACUUCAGAGAAGUGUGACUAGCCCAAGGUCACCCAGCAGCUGCAUGUGGAGGAGCAGGGAAGCGAACCCGGUUCACCAGAUUACGAGUCUACCGCUCUUAACCAUUACACCACACUGGCAUGCAGUAGCUCAGGUUGCCUCCCUUUCUGAUUCAGGGCAAGUACACACAGCCCCACACUUAACCUAUACCCUUGUCCCUUAGUCCUUUCAAAAGGCUGUGGGUGUGGGUGUGUGGUAACAAUACAAUCAUCAGCACUCUUGAUUUAUGCCUUCAGGUAGUGUCAGAAGACUAAUAUAUCUCUCGCUUUUAGAGAUUUGUGCUCCAGAAAAACCAUAUGGAAAAUGGCUUGGCUGUUUGCAAGUUGUCACUUGGAAGGAGCAAUAUAAUCUGUCAUUGCACAUUGUUCUGUUUGUAAUGGCCACAAACAUGGUGCCUCUGGGCAGAGAUGUGCCCACAGAGAGCUUCCUUUGUGCCUUAAAAGCCCCUUCCUCUUUCCAUGCUCCCUGGUUAAGUUCAUCUUGAAACAAGUGCUUCCCCCCAAGCCUAAUGGUUGCAAUGUGUAUGUGUGUCUUCCUACAGAUUUCAGGUGGGGAGAAAAGCUGAUCUCUCUAGUGGGACCUCUCAGCCCACACAGUAGGCCUAGGGGGGAUCCCAACCCACUUCCAUUUUAAUUACUGGUAUGGAGGGGGGAGGAGAGUGUGUAUUGUAUUGUGUACAUACAUAUGGCUGCUUUGCAUGCAUAGUGUCUGCAAUAGCGUCUCCAAUUUUCAUAUGUGCCCCAUGUCCCCAAAGAGUUGAUGGUUACAUUCAAAAAGUUGUGUUCAAAGUAAAAAGUUGCUUAACAUCAUGACAUGGCACAGAUCUGGGUCUGCCAACCAAUCGACACUCAGUGGAGACAUGCACCAGAAUCAUGGUGUCAAUGUCCCCCCCAACAAAAAAAAAGUUAAGAGUAAGUGUCAAAUGUAAAGCAGCCCUUUCUGGGUAAUUCCAGGUGGGGUGUGUUUGUACUUUGAAAAGUAAGACAGUAUAGGACCUCUUCAGUAGAGCCCUUAGGAAUGAAAACAUUAACAUCUUUAAAGUGCAAAAGGGACUGACCUCUAGUGGUUGGAGUCAGUGUUACAGUACUGAGAUUGCUUCCGUGCUUCUGAUGAAGGCUGGGGCAUUGAAGAUGCGUCGUGCUGGUUAUCCCUGGUCAUUUUUAAGUUAUCCCAUCAGCACAUUUGAGAUCCCUAUUUGGGGGUGAUUUUUGCUUCUCUCUGCAGCUCUGGAACAAUAGCCAUAUAUUUCCCGAUACUAGGAAAGCCACACUCUUCCUUGGAACUUUGGACACCAUCUUCCUGUUCUCAUACGCUGUGGUGAGUGAAACCUUUUCCCCAUCAAACUCUAAAAGCCUGUCAAGAGAGAGAGAGGGAAGAUCACAACCCCCUCAGGUCUGGUGUGGGGUGUGUGUACAUUUGUAGGAUCUUAAGAACCUAGCCUUACCCCGAGUGGCAUCUUUGGUCCAUCUGACUCAGUAUUGCCUAUGUGGACUGACAGUAGACUGCCAUGGUUCCAGACAGGAGUCCACCUGCCCUUCCUCAAGAUGCCGGGGUUGAUGCUGGGACAUUCUGUGGAUAAGGCUGGUGCUCCACCACCCAGCUACAAUACUUCCCAGUGAAUUAAGCUCUGGAUCCACCAAAUGCUUGUGUGGUUUUGCAGAAGCCAGGGGAUGGAUGAAUUCUUGCCUUCCCUACCUUGGUGCCCUUCAGAGGUUUGAACUCCUCUAGAAUACAAUAUAGAAUUCUAGAAUACAAUAUAGCCUCUUCUAGAAUACAAACCACAAAGAAUAGUGCGGUACCUUAAAGCCUACUGUGUUGAAAGCAUUAUUGUUCAAAGACUACAUCAUAUUGUUAAAUGGUAAUAUUUUCCUCCUUUUUUUUAAGGGUCUUUUUAUCAGCGGUAUUGUUGGGGAUCGUCUGAAUAUGCGCUGGGUCCUGUCAUUCGGCAUGUGUUCCUCUGCAGUCGUGGUAAGCUGGGAAAUCUCAGCUCAAGUUGGGAAGAGAUGUGCAGUUCCUACAAUACUUGGUUUUUGACAUGGAAAAAUUCAUUAACUCUGUAGUCAGACUUAUUCCUGAGGCAAUGAGAACUAAGAGUCUAGGAUUUUCAGCAUAUUUUGAUUUUGUGUAUUGUAAAUUUGUAUUUUCUGGCCAAGGGGAGUUGUUAGAUUCAUGAAAAAAUCCUCAGUACUGCACAUGUUCAGAUACUGCAAGGCUUCGGCUGGUUAAACACAACCAAGCGAGUAAAGAAAAGACAUGAAACCUGACUGCAGUGCAUAUUGUUCAUGCAGGCUUUUGCAAACCCACUCUGCAGUGAGAUCUUUUUUGGCCUUUCCAAAUUAAGCUGGUACAACUGGGAUCUCAAUUCCAUUGCUUGCACAUGUCUAUAUGCUUCAUGUCUUAGUUGGUAAUUCAGUCAAGAGAUUGGGAAGCACCGGGUUAUUAUAGCAUCCGGAAAUAAUUGGCUGGAAUUACUUGUUUUCAGCCUUAGUAAUUAGGUUUACAUUCCUUCUGAAUGCAGCCUAGAUUGAUAUUGACCUGCUAGGUCUGUGUGGCUCACCUGUGUGGUUCUCUUUGUCCUCGACAUUCCUCCUUCCUUUUAAACUGUGUUUCAUUUCUUCCACCUUCCAUUGUCCUUUAGCAGCCCCAAAACGUCUAUUCUCUUAACCCACGGUCUUGUAAAUUAGUGCCCUCUUUGCUUUGUCUUGGGACGCGGGUGGCACUGUGGGUUAAACCACAGAGCCUAGGACUUGCUGAUCAGAAGGUCGGUGGUUUGAAUCCCUGUGAUGGGGUAAGCUCCCGUUGCUCGGUCCCUGCUCCUGCCAACCUAGCAGUUCGAAAGCACGUCAGAGUGCAAGUAGAUAAAUAGGUACCGCUGCAGUGGGAAGGUAAAUGGCGUUUCCAUGUGCUGCUCUGGUUCACCAGAAGCUGCUUAGUCAUGCUGGCCACAUGACCCGGAAGCUGUACGCCGGCUCCCUUGGCCAAUAAAGCGAGAUGAGCGCCGCAACCCCAGAUUCGGCCACAAACUGGACCUAAUGGUCAGGGGUCCCUUUACCUUUACCUUUUUGCUUUGUCUCCUAUAGUGAGCAAGGAUCAGUUCCAGGUGAUCCUAACCAGGAAAAUAUUUUACAGAAGUGUUGCUACUUCUUUUCUUUUAGGUCACAAGUGAUUAACACAAGUGGGCCAGUGAGUUUUGUAGGCUUAUUUGCAAGACUGCUUUCACCUUGCUGUUAACCUUGUCACCUUCUUUCCUCCCAGGUGUUUGUUUUUGGCACUGUCACUGAAUGGCUGCAUUUCUACAACAAGUGGUUCUAUUGCUUCCUGUGGAUUGUGAACGGCUUGCUGCAGUCGACUGGCUGGCCCUGUGUCGUAGCUGUCAUGGGAAACUGGUUUGGCAAAGCUGGGUAUGUUUGUUCCUUCUCAGUCACUUCCUAUUCAUUUGUGCCUUGUCUCUCCUCUGUGUGUGCAUUUUGCAAUGUACCUGUGGUGCUCUCAGAUGUUGCUGAACUACAGUUCCCACCAUCCUCAGCCAUUGGCCAUGCUGGCAAGGGCUCAUGGGAGUUUGAGUCCAACAACUUGGGGGGGGCACAAGUUCCCCAUCCCUGUGAUAUGCACUGGAGUAGAUCUUCAAACUUAACAAAAAUACUAAUGAAUAAAUACACAUAUAUACAUAUACAGUGGACACUUGGCUUGCGAACAUGAUCCAUGCGGGAUGCACGUUCGCAACCUGCAGUGGCGUAUCUGCGCAUGCGUGGGUUGCACUUCUGCGCUUCUGCGCAUAGCGCUAUUUAGCGCUUCUGCUCAUGCAUGACCGCUGAAACCCAGAAGUAACCUGUUCCGUUACUUCCGGGUUUUGGUGGAUCCGUAACCUGAAAAAACACAACCUGAAGCGUCUGUAACCCGAGGUAUGACUGUAUAAUCUAUAUGUGUUUGCAUGAGUUGCAGUCCUGAGGUAAUUUCUGAAUCUUCCUCAAGUUUCUGUGUAAACAAAAUCAUUUAUUUUGUCAGAAGCUCUUGGUCUGCCUUAGUUUUCAUUGUAAGAAGAGACAAGGGUUAAAUGGCAGCAUUAUCUCUGGUGUGCAGCAUUGGGUGAAGUGCCCAGUUCACUGAAAACAGACCUGUUGGGCCAGUAUUUCUAGGAAGCCUGGAAUCCAAGAAUGAUUGGGUGACGCACACAGAGCAUCUCUCUGCUAGCAAUGUUGGUAUUCCCAAUGAAGUAGACAGACCUGUGAAGGCUUAACCAUGCAUGCAAGUUCUGUUAAGGGAGUGUGGAGAGGAGCAUUUCACUGUGUGUGCCUCAUAAAUUGGACUCUUCUCUGUCUUCAUUUUCAGCAGUUAACCAAUUUUUUCUUUCUUUCUUGGACACUCAGAAGGGGGCUUGUGUUUGGUCUCUGGAGUGCUUGUGCCUCGGUGGGCAACAUCUUUGGAGCUUUCCUUGCCUCUUCAGUUCUGCAGUAUGGCUAUGAAGUGAGUGGAGCUGCUUGCUGUUUGCCUUCCAUGUGGACUAGAGCUGGUCUCGAAAUGCAAGAUUGAAAACCAUGGGUCCCCCUAUUUGAGCUCAUUUUCAAGGGAGAUGCUGUCUCCAGCUUUGUCUUAAUAUUUACAUGAAACCACUGGUUGGGUUGUUCAUGGUGGGCAGCUGUGGCUCUGGUGAUGGGAAUGUCUGUUUUGCCUAGGGUUGUCCCCUCCAACCCAAAGAGAAUGUUCUUAACAUAGGGCUAUUCCUGGCUCUGGACCUUCUCCUGGAUGCCCAGAUUGGAGCUGUGGCCAAGAAGGAAGUUCUGUCAGUUUUGGAUGAUUCUUUAAUCAAUAUUUUCCUGGAAAAGAAGCACUUAAUAUCAGGGUGCAUAACCUGGUAGCCUCUAAUCUGGAGUACUACAAUUCAGUCUACAUGAGGCUCCCGUUGAAAGCUGUCAGGAAACCACCUGCUCCAAAACAUGGCAACUAAACUAGUAUUUGGCAUUAGCUAUGCCACUGUUCUCUAUUAACUUCAGCUGUUGCAGAUUUGUUCCUGAGCUAUAUUCAUACUGCUACCACUUGCUUCUAAACCCUCAAUUGUCUAGGUCAAGGAUAUUUGAGUUCCUUCUUCCAUAGGAACCUUCCUAAUCACUAAGAGAUGGGUAUAAGUACCUUCUUGUGAUCCUAUAGACAGAAUGGGCCUUUUUGGUGUUGGCCCCUAAGCUUCAAAAUCGUCUUAAGAAUUAGGUUUUUUUGGUUGUUUUUCUAUUUUACUUCAUGUCUCUACUUGUAUUGUUUAAAACCUGGUAAUUGUGAAUCUGAUAGGAUUGGAAAGUGGGCUGAAAGGCAGUCUAAAUAAAUACUCUCCAUGUUUUUUGGCCACACCAAACUAAGUAGUUCUGUUAAAGUUUUUCUAUUGUGUUGAUUUGUGCUAUUUUUCAUGCUCUGUACAUCUCUUAACCUUUUGCUGUUUUUAAGGAACUUGUAAAUCAGUUUUCCUGGCAUGAAGUGCUGAAAAACGGGGUGCUGUUUUCUUAAUUUAAGGCUUGACUAAAAAUACAUGUGUAAGAGCUCUGCAUUUGUUUCCCCUCUUUCAGUAUGCCUUCCUGGUGACAGCUUCAGUACAGUUUGCUGGAGGAAUCAUUGUCUUCUUUGGCCUGGUGAUUUCCCCCAAGGAAGUAGGUGAGUAGCAGUGAGGUGACCACAUCCUCUGACUUUCCUACUUGCAACCCAAUUUCCUUUUAUUGCAUUAAGUGUACGUAUAGCUUGUGGAUGAUAGUGGUUCAGUUCACAUUCCACCAACUCUGUACUGGUUACACAGCUGCCUAUUCAUUUCCAGAUCCUACUUAAGACACUUUUUUAGCCUUUAAAGCCCUUAAAAAAAAAUUGAGGCCAGGUUAUCUCAGGGACAGAGUGUUAAGAUCAGCCUCAGAGGCCCUGCUCUGCCCUGCAGGUAAGGACUGCAAGGUUCGCAUCAGGAACAAGGCCUUUUCAGUGCUUGCCCCACACCUUUGGAACUCUAGCCCUGGGGAAGUCCACCUGGCUUCAUUUCUGCUGCUUUUUAAAUGAAACUUGAAGACUUUUUUUUAAAGCUGUCCUUGGACUUGGAAAAAGUUUUAGUUGCUGCUGUUUUGAUUUUGGUUAAUGGAUAGCUUUGAUGUAAUUUGUUGCAUUUAUUUUUUUUUGUUUCAUGACAAUGUCAUGUGCACUAAACUGUUUGUAAACCAUCAAGUGAAACCAUUCGGCCCUAAAAGGUGGGUUAGACAUUGCUCUAAUAUGUUGUUAAAACUCCAAAACUUUUUCUGCACGUGCUCAGCUCCUGCUAUUAUUAUAAACUGCAUCUUAGGCAGUGGCACUGAGAACCAGUGGGGUGCAGGAGCUAUUUAUUUAAACCAUUUACAUACCCCAUUUCUCACAAAGUCGAGUCAGUUAGCCAGGCAAAAGCAGGGCAGCAGAGAGAGAGAUGAAAACACAAAUAUGGAACAAAACACUAGCAGCAAAACUGUGUGAGCACAGAGGCAGGAGGCAGGUGGAGAGCUACUUUUGAGCAAGUAGCAAUGGUUCAAAACAAGCAGGAGGCAAGCCCUGUUUUGUUUUGAUUUUGAUUUUUGAUUUUUGUUUCCAAUCAAACGACUGUUUGCAAAGAGUGUCUAGAACAGGGUUUCCCAGACUUGGAUCCCCAGCUGUUUAUGGACUACAGUUUCCCAUCAUCCCUGACCACUGGCUCCUGCUAGUCCAAAAAUAGACCCAAGUUUUGGAAACCCUGACCUAGGACAACUGUAUGGCCCUCUGUCAUGGAUGCAUAUUUGUUGAGAUUCCUGCAUUGCAGGGGUAGAAACUGGUGACUGCAGAACACCCAUCUUAGAAGAGUUUCUAAGCCAAAGCGUUGUAACCAGAUAGAAUGGCUGCUGAUGGAGAAAUAUGAGUGAGGCUAUUCUUACAUUCUCCCAACAUUCUUCUUCCCUGAAGCUGCUAAGUCUUUCCAAGGUUAGGAGUUUCCAAGUUCAAUGAUGAGAUUGGGGUGGGAUACUCAUGUAUGCACACGUGUGUGUGUCUGCUAAGGGCGGAGAAAGUUGUAGAGGCAGGGCAGAUUUGGAGACAGGUUAACAUUGGAUGUGUAGCAAACUAACUCAAGUAGCUCCUUAGCAAGCCUACAGCACAGAGUCUUCCUCCCUGUUCCUCCGCUAGAACUGCUGCUGAGAGACUUAAAGUAUCUCCUGCUUUUUGAGUACCAGCAGCACCGUCAGCGAUGCAGAACUUGCACUUUGGGGACAUUCAGCCGCAGCCAUAUAGGGAAUGCACUAAUUUGUUGUGUCUUCCAACUAAUGGCCAGACACUCAAAGCAGAGAGAGCCGACGCCAGGAUCAGACAGGAUACUUUCGAGUGCUCUAGAAGACCAGGGGUAGAAACUGGCGACUCUGCAGAACACCAUCUAGAAGAGUUUCUAAGCCAAAGGAGGAGGACUGAGGUAUGGGAGAGCAAGCAAGCCGAUCAGAAGGGAGGAGAAAAUGACCCGAAAGAGCAAUCGCUGGGAGAGGGGAUAGUGUUGUCCUUUCUUUUUAAUUUGUGGCCCCUUCUGCUCUUCCAGGCCUCCCUGACAUUGGAGAAGAGGGCGAUGGUUCUGCUGAAGAAGAUGUCAGUGAGCCAUUGAUUGGUAGCAGUGACGAUGACGACGACGAUCAGAAUUACUCCAUUCAGGCAGCUGAUCUGAGCAACAGUGGCAGCAGCAGCAACACACGCCAGCCCAAGGCUAUUGGAUUUUUUCAGGCUUGUUGUCUACCUGGGGUUAUAUUGGUAAGGGCUCCUGAUGUUGUUAGGAAUACGUGGCACCCUGGUCUGUGUACUCCAUAAGGCUCUCUGCAGCUUUCCCUGACUUGGUGCCCUCCAGAUGUUGUCAAGACUCAUGGGCCUCGGGCCAAGGAUGCAAGGCAACAACAUCUGGAAGAAACCUGCUUGGAGGACAAUCAUUUAGUGAGGGCAACCAGCAUCUUCCAAUCUGGGUUCUCUGAGACUUCAAGAAAUUCCUUCUUUUUAUUUAUUUAAUUAUUUAUUUAUUUAUACAUACAUACAUACAUACAUACCCCGUCCAUCUGGCUGGGUUUCCCCAGCCACCCUGGGCGGCUCCCAACAGAAUAUUAAAAGCACAAUAAAACAUCAAACUUUUAAAACUUCCCUAAACAGGUCUGCCUUCAGAUGUCUUCUAAAAGUCAGCUUUCUUGAGGCUUCCCUUUUUGUCUUCACAAUAGCAAAGCCGGUUGGGCAGAGAGAUGUGGCACAAGGUAGCUCAGCUGAUUAGAGCAUGGUGCUGAUAACACCAAGGUUGCAGGUUCAAUCCCCGUAAGGAACAGCUGCAUAUUCCUGCAUUGCAGGGGAUUGAGACUGGGUGGUCGUCGGGGUCCCUUCCAACUCUGUGAUUCUGUAAGACUUUACCUAAGGCCCACCCAAUGAACCUUGUGGCAGAGCUGGGCAUUUGAACCCAGGCCUCCUUCCUCCUAGCCCAUUACUGUGUGCUUGCUAUGCUCGCGUUGCUUCGGUUCUAACAGCUUUCCAUUGGGUUGUGUUUCUUUCAGUAUUCCUUGGCCUAUGCCUGCUUGAAGCUAGUGAACUACUCCUUUUUCUUCUGGCUGCCUUUGUACCUCUACGACAAUUUUGGAUGGAAGGAGGCGGAAGCUGAUGAGCUGUCGAUCUGGUAUGAUGUCGGAGGGAUUAUAGGUAUGCAGAACAACAUGAAAUUGCUCCCUUCUCCCUUUUUUCCUUCCUUGAGUAUAGAUUUGGGUGGGAGGGAAAAAGCAGGCACCAUUUUUCCACCGGCUCAGUGGUUUAAAUUGCUUUCCAUUUGCCUGUUAUCCAUGAUAUGUUUUGCUGCAUUUAGGGUAUAUUUAUUAAGACCUAGUAUGAUAGUGAGCUCAGGAGGCAGAGGUCUGGGAUGGGAUGAUAGACUGGAAUGGGGAAGCUUUGGCCCCUCACAAGAUGUUGGGUUACAUCUCCCAUUGACACUGCUGGCUAGGACUGGGGGAGUUGGAGUCCAGCAACAUCUGUGGGGUGACGUGUUCUUCCACAUCUGGAAUCUGGGCAUGAAUUCAGAGUCAACGAGGAGACCCAUGAAGCUGUACAGGAUGGUCAGGCCUCAAUGUCUAGGCCACAUUGCUUUUAAACAGUGACAGCCAAUCCUCCGUUUGUGUUGUAUUUUGCUUGUAGUAAACUAUAGCCUGUUAUUCUAGUUGAAGGCACAUCAGUGAGUGUCUUCUGCACUUCUACCCAGAAGGCCCCGUGUCACUUUUAUUUCUGCAGGUGGCACCAUCCAAGGCUUCAUCUCUGACAAGCUGCAAAAGAGAGCCCCGGUGUUGGCCGUUAGCCUCAUCUUGGCUAUUGCAUCUCUCUUGGGAUACAGCCGUGAGUACUUCUCUGCUUGGUACGGGGUUUAAUAGCGUGGGGUCAUGUGUAACCUGCACAUUGUCUUCUCUACUUCAACACAUGGUAUGGCUUCAAUGAUACAUAAUCAAGUUGAAAUGUGCUAUGACUGUGCUUCAUGUCUAAUAAGGCAAGGGUUUGGGGGCGCCUUGAGUUCAGAUGAAGUAUAUCAGAAGAGCUUGCUGGAUGUCCCAACAAUGGUCAGCCAAGUGCUUUGGGGAAGCCCCCAAACAAAAGCAUUGCAUGUUUCUUUUUGGGUGAGUGAGAAAAAGGGCAUACAGGGUGGCCUGCAUGGAUGAAACACCAUUGUGUGUUGCGUCUGUACAUAGGCAUAUCUGCAUCCAUUUGUGCAUUCCAUGUGUCACAUCAACCUCCUUUAAAGUGGGGUAGGUGAGAGCUUUGUAGCCAUCAGAAGUAGUUUCCACCCUUGGCUCAGAUCAGUGAGCAAGCCAGACUUGAAGACUUUUUUGUAGGGAUCAGGUACUGUUACCACUCUAGCUUACGGAGCUUUUCUUGCUGCAUUGUCGGAUCUCCCUGUAAGUUUUUCAUUUGGCCAGAAAAGAUUGAUGCUAUAUACAAUAGAAUCUCCCCCCCCCCCACUGAUAAUAAUUUUUAUUAGUUUUCAGUUACAAUAAUCCAAUAAUAGCCUCAUUAUAACAAUGCCAAAAUAUAAUACAAUUACUAAUACCAAUCAUUCAGAUGCCAAAUUAUAUAAUUUAGAUGGCCCCCUGUGUGCUAGAAUUGAUGGUUUGAUGAUUUACUUUAUUUCUGCGUUCCAAACUUUUAUUAAUUUCAAUUGCACUCCAGUCAACCGUAACAAUCCCUUAUGCAACAACUGCAAUAUUAACGACUGCCAUUCGUAUUGACAAAUUAAAUGGUUAAUAAAUCUGCAGGUGAAGCAUUCAAACCACAUCCUUGUUCUUCCUGUGUGCUGCAAUUAUUUUGUCUGUGGUGUUUUUUCCUGUCCUUGUAAAAUACCAUGUUUAUCUUUUCCCGGUUGUUGCUGUUCUCCAUCAUGCCUUGGGUGGAGCUAAUAUCCCAUAGCUGUUUCAGAAGUUCUCCAUUGCUCCUUCCCGUGCCUCAUUGUUUUGCAACUUUUAACAGCAGCUGCAGAAACCACACAGAUAGAAUCUUCAUCCUGACCCCACUCCUUUAGGAUCUAGUUCAAGGACCAUCUGUUGCAUCCCACAGAUUGCAAGACAAACUGUUUAAAAUGUCUUUCGUUGCAUGCAGAUAUUGCAGGCAUAGGAUUAUGCAGUCUGCUCUUGUGAGUUACACCAAACCCUUUAAUGGGCAGAAUUCUGCACCUUAAGAGUGUUGUGUAACUGGCCAUCUUCUUCUGGCAAGAGAAAGAUCAGCUUUCCUCUUUCUUGCAUGUUUCUCAAGUGAAUGCCAUGGUACCAAUAAGAGCAGGUGGUGAUGCAUUUCAAAUGUUAAGCCAGCUAGAUGGCAGUGAAAAGUAGCAGUAUUGCUCCUGCUUACUGUGCUGAGGCAGGUAUUGUGGAGCGGUUUCCUGGAUUUGGGAAUAAUUGCUCCAGGAAUGCAAUGGGCGAUUGUGGAAAAUCUUCCAUUCUCAGUCUGAGAAACUGUAAUGCAUAAAUUAGCAGUGGGAAACCUCCAGCCCCAGGGUUUGCAAACUUGGGUCUCCAACUUGUUGUUGCACUACAACUCCCAUCAUCCCUAGCUAGCAGGACCAGUGGGUCAGGGAUUAUGGGAACUGUCCUCCCAAAACAGCUGGAGACCCCAGUUUGGGAAACCCUGCUCCAGCCUAUUAGCCCUGCAAAGGCUGUUUUAAGAGUAUAAGAAAAGUCCUGCUGAAUCAGCACAAAGAACCAUCUAGUCCUGCAUCCUGUUCUUACAUGGCAAACGAGAGGCCUGUGGGAAGUACAGAAUUGUGUCUUACAGCACUCUCUUCACCAGGAAUUCCUGCAAAGUGCCAUUCAUAGGCCCACUGCCUCAAGACAGUGCAGGUAGUAGAAACUAGUAGCGUUAGCGUUUCGUUGGAGUGCUUGUUGUCCUGUAUGUUCCCAAAUUCAGCUUCCUUAGAGUUCUAGUAUUACGAGAAAGGGAGGAAAGCUUACCUGCGAUCACUUUCUCCGCAAUAUGCAUAAUUGCACGCAUCUCUGUCAUGCCCUCCCUUACUCGCCAUUUUUUCCCUCCAAACUAAAAAGCCCCAGUUUUUCUUAUCCCUUGAUCAUUUUGGUUCCCCUUUUUGUGUAGCUUUUUCAGCUCUACAAUAUCCUUACUGAGAUGAGGAGGCCAGAACUGUGCAUAGUACUCAGAGUGCAGGUGCCCCGUAGCUUUUUAUAACACUUCUAUGAUACUGAUUGUUUUGAUUUCAAUUCUUUCCCUUAAAAAAAUAAUAAUUUUUUUGCUUGUUUUCUAAAUAGGCUGUGAAAAAGUAAAUAAACUUACAAGAUGCCAAAACAUUUGUAUCCUUAGAGAUAUCCAAAAGAAUUAAACAAAAGAAAACAGAAACAUGUACUUGUUUCAGAGUCCUUCCUAAUUAUUGUUCUUCAGAAUUCAUCCAAAAUAGCCAGUUGUUUGAGGUGUUUUGGGGACCCAAGUUCGCUAUGGAUCAUUCCAUAUAUCUGCAUAUCAUUUUCAAUCCCUUUCCUAAUGAUCAAAAGAACUGAUGCGAUUCCAGCAGUUCACUGGCCCAUACAGUGGUACCUUGGUUCUUGAACUUAGACUGUUCUGGGAGUCCGUUUGACUCCCAAAACCGUUCAAAAACCAAGGCGCAGCUUCUGAUGGGUUGCAGGACCUUCCUGCACUCAGUCGGAAGCUGCAGAAGCCGUGUUGGACAUUCAGCUUCUGAAAAAUGUUUGCAAACUAGAACACUUACUUCCGUGUUUGUAGCAUUCGGGAGCCAAUUUUGUUUGACAGCUAAGCCGUUCAGGAACCCAAGUGCCACUGUACUAGCCUUGUAUUCAAUGUGGUGUCCCAUCACCUUGGCCAGGUUGAGUUUUUGGUUGAUCAUGAGGACAUAAGAAGAGCACUGCUGGAUCAAGCUAGUUUCCCAGAUAGCCUUGGUGAAGCAGCUUUAAUGAUCAGCUUCUCAUUCCUUCCUGAUCUUUUCAGACUCGUUCCAAAGGGUAGUUAUGAAUUUGAAGCAUUUCUUUCUUCUCUUAAUCUCAGAGGUUGCAGGUCCGAGCCCCGUGUUGGGCAAAAGAUCCCUGCAUUGCAGGAGGUUGGCCCAGAUGAUCCUCAUGGUCCCUUCCAACUCUACAAUUCAGUGAUUCUAUGAUUCCUUUCUUUUUAUAGGUUCACCAAACGACAAACUUAUCAAUGCGGUUCUCAUGGCAAUAACAGGUAAGGGGAAAGGGCUGUGGCUGGACACAAGGCAGAUCUCAUCCUGCCAUCUGUAUUGGAGUAAAAGUGUGAUUUGUUAGGUUUCUAGGGCACUGCAAUUCUCACCUGGCCAUAGCUAGAAGGGGGUGGUGCAUAUUCUCUUCUCCUUUCCUCUCAUGGAGAUGGACCAGAUGGGCUGGAGCAGGGAUAGCCAACCUGGCAUUCUCCAGAUGUUGCUGCAUCACAGCUCUCUUCAUCCUUGACCAUUGGCCAGGCUGGAGGAUGUCACAUACGGAGACAUUGCAUUGGCUUACCUGUAAGCCAGCCUUUCCUGGCUGAUUUGUGCAUACACAAACCUGCCAACGUGGGAUAAAGGUUCAUGCCUGCAGUGAAGGGGACUUUAAUCCGUGAGAGUUUAUGCCGUAAUAAAUGCUUCAUUCUUUAAUGGGCUGCAAGGUUCUUUGAUUUGUGAAGGAACCAUAAAAAAUAACACACAAUUUUUGCAUAAUCUUGGAACUCCCUGCUUUUCAAUUGAGUCAUUUCAAUUAAAGGUGCCUUCAUGGGUAUUUGUAGGGUAUAUGGCAGGGUUAACAAGUUCAGAUGAAAAAAGUUCUGGCUUCCGAACAGAGACUGGGCCCAUCCUUUGCAGUAGUCUCAAUUAUUUUCUUUAAUCUCUUUCAAUGGCCCUUAGGCUUUUUCAUCGGAGGCCCUUCCAAUAUGAUCAGUUCCGCCAUCUCUGCAGACCUGGGGCGUCAGGAGAUGGUGAAAGGAAGCAGCGAGGCUCUGGCGACUGUGACGGGGAUUGUGGAUGGCACUGGGAGCAUUGGAGCAGCUGUGGGCCAGGUGAGAUUCAGAAGGGUUCAGAAGCACCUGUUGAAAUUUUACCUGAGAAGGAUCAAAGAGCAGACGGCUCUGAUAUUCCACAGUUUUAAAGGGUGAAAUGGGCUGCCAGAGGGUUUUAAGAGCUAGCCACCAUGAAGAUCUUCCUUCCGGUAACAUUUCACUGCAUCGAUCCUCAUAAAAAAUAUUGUACGGCUAGAAAAGCGCAGCCCAAAAGUUCAAGGGACUGGAGCUAUUCCACCUACAAGGAAAAGUUACAAAGUUAGGAGGGUUUUUUUAAGUAUAGGACAAGUAGGUGAGUGAAAGACGGAUAUAUGAGAGAUGUAUAAAAUUAUCCAUGGAGAAAGUGGUUAGGGAGAAUCAUCGUAUCAUAGCAUUGUAGCAUUGGGAGGGAUCCUGAGAGUCAGGAAGGUUCUAAUGGUGUUGCCCUCCUGAGAGACUCCUUAAAAUUAUGUAGAAACCAGAGGCGCUUGGAUGUGUCUGUGACGGUGUUACUAACGCCCUGUGUAACGGGAGCAGAGAAGUGCAAGCCAAAGAGAACACAGGGCAAACUGGGGAAACGUCCGUAUGGCAUGAGACUGCAGCUAACAUUCUGGCAAAGGUAACCAUUACGGUUUCCGUAAUGGAGUGCCAAGGAGCCCGCUGGGGCCGGAGUUCACGUCUUUGUUUGUAAGUAGGUUUUGAAUUGGCCCCAGGGAGCAUUCCAGCAACUUAUCAGUAGCGCUGAUCUGUGGGAGGGGGAAGGAAAUUCCCUCUUGGCUUUGCGCUGUCUCUGGAGUGCCUUUCCCUUCAGAAGCGGACGCCUCUCCUCUCCGAUCAAGGCAGCGUGAGGAUUCUCAGAUGAUUCUCUUGCCUGAAGAUCACAAUGGCAAGCAUCCUCUUUAGAAUUCCAGUUCUUUAACUCUGCCGCUCUCCAGUUUUUGAACUUGAACCCAUUCCUGAAGGAACCGGGUGGGGGGGCGGCGCUUUUUGUGUCUGAUGAAUCGCAUCCUCCGCUUCUUUCUCUACCUGAGGUUGCCGUUAUCUCUUGACAAUGCAUCUCCAUAGCAACCAGCUAAGAUUCCGCAAGCGGGGCUGUCUUCCAUAGUGGGAAGCUAACAGCAGGAGUAUGUCAAACAUCUUGGAAAAGAGAGAGGCUUAAAGGCUGCAUGUGAGGCGCAUGACCUUUCCCACUCGCCCACCCCAGUGCGCACAUGCCGCCAAACGUGUCGGGGUGCACGGCAAUGUCAAAGACAUACUUUGGGGCAGAAUCUCAGUAUAAGCACUUGGUUUCAUUUCUGAAGAGGGAUGAAGCUGCUCUACUCUGCUUCUAGGCCAAGGAAAAAUGUUCUGCCCGCCUAAAAUAGGGGUGAGGAACCUUUUUCAGCCUGAGGACCACCACACUGCCUUCCGGGGGGGGGGCACAUGGCGGUGGUGGUUGAGGCCAGAGGCAAAAGGAAGCAAAGCAACAAUAGCAAAUGUUGCUUUUGCAGAGUGAACUUGUCUCCACACACACUCACACCCUCUCUCCCCACUGUCCAGGCAUUGCCAGUGUUGAAGGACACAUUCCAGUGGGACGGGUGAGGGGUUUGACCUGGGUAGAGGAGGUGGGCCUGGAGAGGCUCCCAAGAGUCAGAUAGAUACAGUGGUACCUCGGGUUACAGACGCUUCAGGUUAGAUUCCGCUAACCCAGAAAUAGUACCUUGGGUUAAGAACUUUGCUUCAGGAUGAGAACAGAAAUCACGUGGUGGCGGCGGCAGCGGGAGGCCCCAUUACCUAAAGUGGUACCUCAGGUUGAGAACAGUUUCAGGUUAAGACCUCCAGAACGAAUUAAGUUCUUGGAUGGGGUGUAUUUGGGCCCUGAGCCAGACGCUCCUCCCCUGCCCCGCUGUUAGCCCCUCUGAGUUCCCUUUAAGAGAAAAGCUGGAUAGAAACUGUUCGAGAUGAAUGAAUAAAUAUCAGGCAGCUUUAUAUCCUUACUAAAUGGAGACUCUUAAUCUCAGGGUUGUGGGUUCAAGCUCCACGUUGUGCUAAAGAUUCCUGCAUUGCAGGGGGUUGGUUCCCUUCCAAUUCUAUGAUUCUAAAUGAAGACGUAUCUGUUUGUACCAUGUCAACUUUUCUGCCAGUUCUGUUAGUUGUAUGUCUUUUAUUAUACUGAGAAUAGGGAAGGAAAGAGUCCCUCGGUUCUUCAGGGGUUCUUCUUCCCAUUUGCUACAGCCUCUGGUUAACCCUGGAUUGCAGCAGUAACUCAGAAGUUAGAGCAAAUUUGAAAGGUUAUAUUUAGGGAUUAGCAUGUUGAUACCUGAUUUUGCUUGUUUUUCCUUCCACCCCCCUUCCGCACAGCAAAUUUGAAAGGUUCCUGGCACAUUUCCACCCCUCUACAUCUUGUCUGUUAGAUUUUGAACCUGCAGGCGGAGACUGUGCUGUUUUUUAAAGCUCUCUGCAGCACCUACAAAAUUGUAGGCACUGUAUAAAUGAUUGAUAAAUAAUAAUGUCAACAGGCCUUUGGGGGAUAGCAGCAAAGUUCGUAAGAUGAAACCUGACAGCUUUGGAAGCAAGGAGUAGCCACAUGAGGAGGUGUUGGGUUGUGUUUUGAAUAAGGAAAAGCAAGAGGGACAUAACAUAUGGGGAGGAGGGGAGAGUCUCUUUGUGUUCUCCACCCCUUGACAGCCUUAAUAGCUCUCAUAUUUUCUUCCCUUUUCAGUCACUGGUAUCUUUGAUUCACGAUAAAUUGGAAUGGAUGUCGGUUUUCUAUUUCUUCAGUCUGAUGGUAAGAGCCCUGGUUGUUGUUUUUUUAUUUUUAAUUGAAAACUGAUGCAACGUUGGAUUUUUAGAUUAAAGAUACUAAACAUUUAUAUUGCGCUUUCAAGUGUUCAGAUACGCUUCACAUAACACUUCACGUAUCUUCUCUGCUUCACGCACAAACUGCUUUAAAUUUACAGCAACCACAUGAGUUAGGUGAGCACCAGUAUGAGAACAAUACAUGUGGAGGCUGACAGUGUUUGGGUGGGAUGGGGAAAAGGGGGCAGGUAUGAUGGAUUGCCCCACCUGUUCUUUUUAUUCAUGCCCCUUCAUUGCUUUCCAGAAAUCCAUUGGGAAAAUGCAAAUUUACUUAAGACAGAUUGAUAUAAGUCAGGAAACAACAAGCAGAGAGUCUUAUUCUCAUCUAGAGAAGUUAGGCAUGGUGGGAGAGAUUCCCACAGUCGCUGUUUCAAGACUGUUCUACCAAACCACACAGUCGCCUUUCCUUAGCUGAUUCGCACAGGACCCUGGCAGUUAAUUCUUAUACAUAAUUUUUGCCAUAGUGCAGUUCUCUCCCACGGAUUGUUUCCCCUCCAUUUCACAUGUGGAGUCAUUUCUGUGAAUGAGCCCCCAAGGUGAGCAGAAAUGGCAACUUGACUUCAUUGGCAUUUAAGCCCCUCAGCUCUCAAAAUGUGGUCAUUGGUCAGGUUUCUUCCACUGCCUCCUGCCCACAUGGCACAUGUUGUUUCAUCCUAAACAUUCCUCAUGUGAAAUUGGGAUGCUACCCUUUUGUGUUUGAGUUGUAUCCUGUGCAGCAGUAAUGUGAAAAUUUGUCCCUCAGAAAAUUGGUUGACUAGAAACCUUGGUCUGUAAUUGAUCUACCACUGCUGCUGUUAUUUAUUGCAUUCGUCGGGAGCUUUAUAUGCCCCCACCCCCAAAUAUCUAAGUGACAUAGCACAAUAAAAUACAGAGAAUGUGUUUGAAGGCCUUACUGCAUGCUCAGGCUGAAAUCUUCUACAGGCUUACAAGCCUCAUUGAACAUUGUGGGGCUGGUGUCUUGAGUCCAUGCACACAAAAUUGUGCUGUGCAAACAUUUUAGGGUGUCUGGGGAAAAAGAGGGAAGUGGAUGAAAUGCAGGUGUGACAAAUGCACACACCAUACAAGCACACUCUCCAUGGAACCAUGCCUAUAUGAGUGUUUCACUUACGGGGAAUAGCUCAGUGGCAAAGUAUAUUCUUCAUCUGCAAAAGUCUCAGGUCCAUCCCUGGCGUUGCCAGUUCAAAGGGAUCACAUACGUGAUAGGGAAAGUCUUUGCCGAAGAGCUGCUGCCAGUCCAGAAUGGCCAGCCCUGGAUUUAGACAGACCUGGUACAAGGAGGCUUCCUUGUUUUCACUGCUGUGUGUGAAAUGGGGAGCAUAUGCCACGAUGGCGUUGAACCAGUGUGCAGCUAUGCUAACAUCCUUAACCCCUUUUCUUCCCGCAGAUCGGUUUAACGGUGCUCUUCAUCAUGCCUUUAAUAGUAAAUGAAAUAAAGAUGCUGCGGGCAGAGAGGCGUUUGCGCAGGUUGGCUGGCUGACCUCCCCCUUCUCUGCACCACUCAACGGAACUGUCCAAGGAAGGACCACUAAGCGGAAGGGAGUUUCAGGACAUCAAGCAGCUAAUGUUUACUUUGUCACUUACAUCCGCGGUUGAUGGCCACAAAAGAAUUUGCUGCUGCGAAGUUUGGGUCUGAAUGCCCUAAUACCACCUGAAGAUACGCUGCAGCCACCUGCAACCUGGAGGUGUCUGUAUGUUUAUAGUGGGCUUGCAGAACUGGCCAGAGAGACAUUCUCCCCACGCCCCAGUUUUACCUCUGGUUCUUGGAGCCAGUUUUGGCAAUCACCAGGAUCAAAUCUUAAAACUCAUCUCCCACUCCCCUGCUCGGACUACAACAUUUUGGGCUGCAGGUGGGUGAUUUCAGCUUUGAAUACGCCCUCCACAAAAUAAAUCUUUCGGGUAGAAAAUGAGCAAAUCCAAGAGAGGAGUUCAAAUCUGCUGUCUUCCUAUUAUGCUAAUUGUCUCAGUGGAGGGAAUUUUAUUGGCAGACGUAGGAAUCAUAUAAAUGUGCAAAACCCCACCGCCACCUGCAGCCUGAGAUGGAACAAUCUGGGGCAUGCCUCUCCAUUUGAUGCUGAUAACUUUAUAAACUGGCUCUUAUCAGUCGCUUGUAAAUUGCAUCUGGACACCUGACAGCAGCCAGAUCGCUACAACUGACACCCCCUUUUUGCAGCUUUUUUAAUAGCAAAGUCAGGGGAAAGCUGUUUCAUUACUUGACACUAUAAAUCAGGCUUGGGCCAGUCCAGUGCAGGUUUUGGUGUGUGUGUAUAUGUGUGUGUUGUAAACGCGUUGUGCCAAGCACCUGCCUCCUGGUUUCUACCUGGCCCUGUAUUUACAAAAUACACAGCAGGAACCUUUGGAAGCAGCCCAGAUCCUUAACCUGCUCUUGUAUAAAGAAUGGUUGUUGUGUUUUUAUUUUGAUUUAUGAAUGUUUGUCCUGUCCAGGUUGCCUGUGUUAAUUUAACCUGUCCGUGUCUUAACAGUGCAGUUGCAUUCCAUACUUGAUUUAUUCUUCUCUUAACUGCCUGAUGUGCGAGAAUGAGGCUGCAUCUCUGGGAGAGGUGCAAAGCCAAAUAUUUCACGGAGGAGGGUGAUAAUCAAAAGUUUUACCGGAGUCCUUAAAAUUUAGGAUGUUAGGAGUUUGAAUGGGCUUAAGAGCAAUCAAAAGGGAAGGGGUAAUCAUCUAAUAUUGUCCUUGUCCAAUCAGCUGGGGUGAUUUAUACUUUUCAGUAUCCUGCGAGAGAAGUAAAGACCUAAUUUCUCAUUAGGGAGUCAUCCAAGUCACGAUCCCUGGAGUGAUCUGAGUGAUCCUUGGGCCUGCACCAAAGGCAUUACAAGGACAGAAAAGAGUGCAGACUUUCUUCCCUUCUCCAUAAUCUCUAGUUCAACUAGGUUUGAAUCCUGAUGUUGUCACACUGAGCCUUUCUAGCAGCAACCAACACCUGGAAUGAGAGCAGAGAAGUGCUCAGUUUAGCAGUGCCGGGGCUUGAGGCAAAUCAAUCUAGAUGUUAUAGCAGGGAAGAGGAGAGCUCAGCUGGUUUUGGCAUGUUCUUUUGCUUAAGGUCUAGGUCUGCCCUGGAAGUUCAUGGCAUGAGAGUAGAAGGCCACUAGGCUCUGGAUGAUACCUGCCGCCAAAUCCGGUGCUGUGUCUGCCUUGUUAGUUGACAUCAACCCAGGGCAUCUGCGUGUAAAAGUCAAUGUACACAGGCUCAUUUCAAGCAGCGGCUUCCCCAAGUUUUGUUUAGCAAAGCAGCGUGCUGUCCAUUCCCAUGUGUCUUAAGAGUUUUGCCCAAAUAAGCUCUGUUCAUUAUGCCCGUGGGAUAAUGGGCACCUAUGGGAUAGAUCUGUGGGUUUCUCUGGUUUGAUCCAGCUCACUGCUUGCUACCUUACCUGUUCUUUGAUUGGAUUUGGUGGCAGGGAAACGGGUCAGCAUAGAUUGCAAAAAGGAGAGAUUAUUUAUUUAACUUGGAUCUAAAAAAUGCACCACAAAAUUCUUUGGGUCGCGUGGGAGUGUCAAACCCUCAACCCACCUCAGAAAACCUUACUCCUUGUCUGCUGACUUGCAUGUCUCCUUGCCGAUGAAUUUUCACCCCAGUUUUCUUUGUGUGCUGCUGAGACCGAAGGGGAAGAAACACUUAAUUGUUAAGGCAUGAAUUUGGGGGAAGGGGUUUUUUGUUUCCUGUUCUUUUUCUAAUAAUGCCUAUAUAGAAACAAUGUACAGUGAUAUCUUUUUUAAAAAAGAAAAAAAGUUUUUAUUUAUGAAUGUCAUUGUUGAAUCAUGUUACUUCUACCUUAAAGGCCUCUCCUUGACUUGUGGCGCUCAACUGCUCUGUACGCCUUCCCAGCAGUGCGUUGCUCAGUUCCACCAUCUUCAGUAUGUGGUGGCUUGAUUCCUAGGUGUCUCCUUAAAAAAAAGAAAAGACUUCUCCCCCCCCAUACAUUUUAAAACAUUAUUUCCCCUUUGCUUUUAGUUCGGCCGUCCUAUCCAUCAGAGCAGCUUUCUCCAGCCUGGUAAAAGCCACACGUGUAUGAAAUAUUUUAUAUGCCCUGAAGAGAAAUCAGAGUGUACCUCCAAACGUCUAGGACUACCGAUCCCAUCAGCCCCUGCCAGCGCUGUGGUGGCUGGGACUGAAGGGGAUUGUAGUCCAAAACAUCUGGGUAGCUUCACGUUGGCAAAGGCUGUGUGAGAGGUAGGAAGGCCUUGCUCCUUCCCACUCGGCUGCAGCAUCGGGCUGUCUGUGGUACUUCAUGCUUCCACUUUUGCUUUUAUCCCUGAGGUGCUUUUUAGAAGACGCUGACGUGGCCUAAUAGGAAAGCCACAAGCUCCAAUGUUUGAGCCAACAUGGCGCCCUGCAGACACUGCUGGCUGGUGUCUGUCAGCAUCAUUGUCCCUUGGCCGUGCUGGCUGGAGCGGAAGGGAGUCUAGCAACAUCUGCAGGGCACCGUGUUGGCGCAACCUCCAUUUUUUUAUUUUACCUUUUCCAAGUUUCAGGAUGUACCACACACACUGCCAUUCUCUUCUCUCCCUCCCCCCCCAAAAAGAUACUCGGUAGCUUGAUUGAGGAGAUCCACAAAGAGCAGGGUCUUUGAUGUAGAUCCAGUUCUUCAGCGGUUCUCAACCUGUGGGUCCCCAGAUGUUGUUGGACUACAGCUCCCAUCAUCCCUGAGCUCUGGCCUUGCUAGCCACGGGUGCUGGGAGUUGUAGUUCAACAACAUCUGGGGACCCACAGGUUGAGAAAGGCUGCAGUACUUCGUUCUGCUCCCUGCUUUGCACAGCGUGGCUAGGGGGGAAAAGUUGUGUGAGAACCGCCUCAAAAAUUCAAGAUGGUCGCCCACAUGGUUUUGGCUUACUAGGGGUGAAGACAGACAGCAGCGCUAACCUGUAGGGGAAGUGAUUUUGACACAGGCCCUUACUUGAUCCCUGUCAUGUGAUGGAGAAAUGGGGGCAGUGCUACUUGGCCACACUGCCUCCAGCCCCUCACUGUUGCCCCUCCCACAGCCUUCACACGUGGUGAAGGCUGAAUAUCUCUGUCGGGGAGACUGACGUGCGCAUGCCAGAUCCCCACACAAUUUGGAAACCCCGAAAGAGUAGAAAGGGUUCUCCUCUUCGAAAGAUGCUCCUUCCAACUUGGGGAGUGCGGCAGGGUGGGUUAGGGCUGAGAUAGCAUACUUGUCCUUGCAUCCCCGGCUAGGGCUAUAUUCCAAGGAAAUAAGUGUGCUCAAUCCACUUCUGCCACAUAGCUGUAAGCUUCAGCACAAGCGGUUAGGCUCCACGCUGCAUUAGUCCUCUUGCAAGGCAGUCCUUUUCAAAGACUUAUUGCCUGGCUGUUCCAGGGGUGCUUCGAAACACACUGCCCUUGCUUAACUGACAACGUUAGACUCUUUACCUCCCCCCCUCCCCCCCAGCUCCAGUAUUACUGUUUGUUACACUCUGCUUUGUGUCAAUUGGGGAAACGCUGUCAACUUUCCAAAUCGGUUUUCACAUGAAUAAAUUAUUUUUUGGCAAAUUGGAAGAAA